UUAAGCCGCACUGUGCCGCUCACGGCACGAUGCCGCCAUUUUGUUUUAAAAAAAAUAAAGAAUUUGUUGUCCUAUAGACUGUACACAAGCUUAUAAUGGUCAUACCACACACCGUUCGAAAGCUGAGAACGUCAGCUUUCAUAUGAACCCAUCCUCAAAGAUCAACACUCUCCACACAGCUAACAGUGGGCUAAUCUUCUCUGUGUGUGAUGUCAUCAAAAUUGCAACCGAAAACGGGGUGUACUUACCUUUGAAAAUUUCUCAAUAUUCCCAACGAAUGUUUUAUGGUCCAAGAUUUCUUCUCUGAGUCAUCCAGUGUCCACAAUGUUGGAAUAUCCAGGCCAUUUACUUCAAAUCCUUGUGUUUUUGUGAUAAUCCCAAUGUUUCCUGGCUUCCUGCAUACGUUGUGUAAUUGUAUUUCUUCACUACAAGCGUCUUUGAAGACGAAGGAAUCCACUCCACCGCACGAAAUGCGCAAAACAGUGCCUGAAUGAUGUUCUCGAAGGUCUUAGCUUUUGAUUGACACCACCCACGAGCCAAUCGGAUCCUCCUAUGGAAAGUUACAGGCGAUUGAAGACCAAUAGGGCACUGCUAUUCAAAUCUGACCUCCCGUCUUUACCUCGCCAUUGGCGUAGGACAGUGAGAGUUUCGGGUUUCAUGAGUCACUGAAUAUUAUAGUUGAGAUUCAUAGCUUUCAAACGAGCUAUCACUCGACUGCCUUGGACUUACAGAGAACCACCCACUUGCUGUUUUCGAUGUUUGCGUAAUUGCUCGCGUAAACAGCAAGCUGUAGAGUUUUGAGAGGACGCACCGUUACGCGAGAGAACAGUAGACUUUACACAGACUUCGGAAGACAGCACGGGACAUACAGUUUGCGUACAGUCUUACAGACAGUCUACUGCGUGCAAAAUGUCUGGUAAGAAGGCAACGAGCAAGAAGAAGAAUGUUGCUGGCCCAACUAAGAUGACUGCUCAACAGGCAGCCGAAUGGAUUUUACAAUCCAGCGACGAAGAGUCCGACGCAGGGAGCAUGUCAUCGGUUGACUCUGUGGCAUUUUUGGAAGGACUCGAUCCAGCCUUGGAGAUAUCCUCUGAUGCAGACUGGCUCCCUGAACAGGAGGAGGAGGAGGGGGAGGAGGAGGAGAGCCAGGUGGAGAAAGAGGGGCAGAGAGUUGGUGAGGAGGAAGGAGACGAUCAACCAUCAGCCUCUUCGCCGGCUACCACCAGAGCAAGGAAGAGGAAAGCAGCGCAGCCAUCCAGCGCCACACCUGCCACCAAGAGAGGCAGAGGAAGAGGGAGAGGAAGAGGAAGAGGAAGAGGAAGAGGACAGGGAAGGCGACAGGAGCCAGAGGGAAAUGGUCAGCCAUGGCAGGGGAUGGACGUGGAUGACAUCAUACCACCACAACCAUCAUUCAACCCCGCUCGCGCUCCAGGGCCCCAGGUCGUGGGGGGGGUGCAAUACACCAUACUGCAACUCUUCAUGCUCUUCAUGACAAGAAACACCCUACAGACAAUAGUAAAUCACUCUAACAUAUAUGGACAAAGGAACCACCCUCAUAGAUGGCAUCAGAUGUCCCUGGAGGAUCUGCUUUCAUAUAUUGGUAUGGUGAUUUACAUGGGCCUAGUUGGGGCCAAGUCUGUAAGGGACUACUGGGCGAAGAACGAACUUUACAAUUUCCCCUUCCCCACAUCUAUGUUGUCCGGGAGAAGAUUUGCAGCUGUCUCCAGCAUGCUGCAUAUUAGCCACCCAGACAGUGAUGCAGAGAAUGACAGGAGGAGGGGAACACAGGCCUACGAUCGUCUGUGCAAGAUCCGCCCUCUCUAUGACGAGAUUAGGACUGCGUGUAAAGCUCACUACCAUCCCCAACAACACAUUGCAGUGGAUGAAAGGAUGGUGAAAUCAAAAGCCCGCUCCAUCCUCCGCCAGUAUAUGAAAGACAAGCCCACUAAGUGGGGGUAUAAACUUUUUGUGCUGGCAGAUUCAUCAAACGGAUACACAUGGGACUUUUUUGUAUAUGAGGGGAGAAACAUGGCACUUCAAAAGGGGCUCAGCUAUGAUUCAGUCAUGAAUCUCGUGGACACGCGUGUGCUUGGCCAGGGCUAUAAGCUCUAUGUGGACAACUUCUAUACUAGCCCUACCCUGUUCAAGGACCUCCUGGCCGAGAAGGUAUGGGCUUGUGGAACAAUUAGAGAACAGCGAAUAGGCUACCCGAGAAGACGUCCAGGAGCUCUCACCUCUCAGUCACCACGUGGUACCAUCCGCUGGAUAAGAGAUGAUCCCGUUCUUUUUGUCCAGUGGAAGGACACGAGGGACGUCCGCUUGUGCUCCACAAUGCACACAGCCCACAACCCACAGACCACCGUUCAGAGGAGGGUCAGAGGGACAGAUGGCCGGUGGCAGCUGAAGUCCAUCCCUGCCCCACCAGCUGUCACUGAUUAUAACAAACAUAUGGGGGGAGUGGACCUCUCUGAUGCCAUGAUCGGGUUUUACAACACCGUUCACAAGACCAGGAAGUGGCACAGGACGUUCUUCUAUCACUUUCUGGACAUUGCCAUCGUGAACGCCUUUGUACUUCAUUCCUGUAUGGCAGCAGAGAGGCAUGAGACCCCCCUUACACAGAAGGCGUUCCGGGAGGCCCUGGUGUUGGAGCUGAAGGCAGCGGGGUCACCUUCAACUGGCCCUCCUCCAUCACCUGCUCCAGCUCCCCAAGGUGCACAUCACAAACUGAGGCACUACACGGAAGAUGGCACAGCAGGGAGGCGGAGGUGUGUGAACUGUUCCCUGAAGAGCACCACAGAGUGCACUUCAUGCCAGGUAGUGCUGUGCUUUACGGUGAAGAGGGACUGCUACAAUGAGUGGCAUACAAAGAACAAUUUGUAGGACUCCCCCCUCCCCCUCACUUCUCUUUCUCUCACUCACACACACACACACACACACACACACACACACACACACACACACACACACACACACACACACACACACACACACACACACACACACAAAGGGAAGAAAGAAUGAUGCUGGACUUCCGGACUGGAUUUCAUUUUCACACUUUUCAUUGCCACAUGGCAUGGUUUGCACCACACACACACACACACACACACACACACACAC